AUGGCUCAGGAUCAAGACCCCGUUGAUCUCCUCGUCGUCGGCGCAGGCCUGCACGGCCUCACAAUGGCCAAAACAUACCUGCAAGUCCACCCAUCCGCGAAACUGGUCAUCGUCGACGAGGCAUCCUCGCUCGGCGGAACCUGGGCUCGCGAGAGACUCUACCCGGGCCUCAAGACGAAUAAUGUCUUCGGGUCGUAUGAACUGAGUGACUAUCCCAUGGUUCCGGAGAGAUAUGGCGUUGAGGGUAAAGGGACGGGGCAUAUUCCGGGGGAAGUGGUGCAUGCGUAUCUGUGUGAUGUUGCGGGGCAUUUUAGGCUCACGGAGCGGGUGAGGCUUGGGACUAGGGUUGUUGAUGCGAUGAUUGAGAAAGAGGUAUGGGAGGUUAAAACCGAGUCCCGAUCUGCUGGUUCACAGCGGGUUGAGAAGAUCUACGCAAAGAAACUGGUCAUCGCGACGGGUCUCACGUCGACGCCAUAUAUUCCGCACAUCCCGGGAUCUAGAGCGUUCGGUGGGCUGAUACUGCACUCGAAGCAACUCAGAGAACAGGCGCAGGCACUGGCACAGUGUAAGCGCGUCGUCGUGGUCGGGGGGAACAAGUCCGCCUGGGACGUGUGCUAUACCGCUGCGAAGGCCGGCGCACAGGUCGACAUGGUCAUUCGGCCGUCUGGAGGCGGACCAAGUUAUCUCUGGCCACGACAGUUUUCGCUCGGUCCGUUUAAGAUCUCGCUGGCGAAACUAUCACUUAUCAGACUUUUUACGCUAUUCGACCCUGCUCCUGCACCGUAUCCGUUGACACCGAGCCCUAGCAGGCCAUCAUGGGUGAAAAGGUUCCUCCAUCGAGCCAGACUCGGGCAAUGGAUCACGCAUCUCUUCUGGAGCUACCUCGACUAUAUAAUCCGAAAGAUGAAUGGCUACAACUCCCACCCCGACCUCAAGAAACUCGAGCCCUGGACCACGCCCUUCUGGAUGGGCAACUCGCUCAGCAUCCACAACUACGAGACGAGCUGGUUUGACCUUGUGCGGGCGGGGAGGAUACGCGUUCAUAUUGCUGAGUUGGAGGAGCUGAGUGAAGGGAGGGUUCAUUUGGGGAAUGGCGAUGUACUCGGUGCUGAUGCGUUGGUGCUCUGCACGGGGUGGAGGUGUGAUAUCCCUGUGCAGUUGCAGGCGGAUGCAGGUGAACAGCCUGAGUUGGAGGAAGACGAUUCAGUCCUUACGAAGGAGGCACUCGAGACAAUCCAUGAGGAUGUUCCGUAUCUGAGAACCCUGCCUAGGCGGACACCGAAUGCACCUACCUACCAUGAACACUCUGUUUCGCGGGAGAAGGAGAAUGAGUCCGCAUUUCCAUUACUAUGCCGCGACAUCCUCCCUGUCCAACGCCAAUUCAUCGAGCGCAGGAACCUCGCCUUCAUCGGCAUGUCCGUCUCCAUCCACGCCGUCCUCGUCGCCCAGGCGCAAGCCCUAUGGAUAACAGCGCUCUUCAGCGAUAGGAUCGCCCACCUGCAUCUGCCUCUUGACCACGACAACGACAUCAAGAAGUCUAAUCUAGACACCGACAUGUACACCGCCGUUCGAAGCAUGGCUAUCCGUGACAGAGUCUACGGGGAGGUCCGACGGCCUCGCGAGACGGGUGGGUUGGGCGGGCAGCAUCAGGAUCUGGUGUUCGAUAGUCUGCCGUAUGUGGAUGGGCUACUUGGCGAUCUUGGGGUCGAAACGAGGAGGAAUGGGAGUGGUUUGAGGGGUUGGUGGAGGGAAUGGACGGAGGCGUAUCGUCCUGCUGAUUAUGAGGGGGUGGUGGGGGAGUGGAUGGCGCUGCAGGGAAUUGGCGAGGAUGAAGAGGAGCAAGACGGGCUUGAGGAACUGUGA